CUGCACUGGAAUGUAGUGUGUAUUGGUGUGUGUAAUUAAGAAGUCAAAUUCCAACAAAAAAGCAAAACUAAGUAGCGCAUAAUAAUUGGGAAAAAAAUGUUUCAGUGCUAUGGAUUCGCGUGAGAUUGUAUUAAAGUUUUAAUUUAAUUUUUCAAAACUUUUUUAUCUACAUUAAUAUGUUAAACAAAAAGUGUAAUGUGCAUAUAGCAAGACUGAAAUCGCGGAAAACGCAAGAAACAAGAAAGUGACACAGGUCUAUUGCAACUGCUAAAAAGCAGAAAGCGAAAAGAAGAUAGUAAAAGAACAUAAAUAUCGGCGUUCAUUCACCAUUCAAGCAAAGUUUUAUCACGGCAUUGCCGAACAUAAAAAAUGUCCAAUUCAUCAUCGUGCAAAUCAGAUCUUAGCACUGCCAACAGUAUCCCUACACAACUAUCAUCAGGCAGUAAUAAUCACAAUUGCAGUAGCAACACCAAUAACAAUGCCGAGCAACCCCAAACGAAAAGACAAAAAAUUGAAAAAAUCAGUAAAAGCAGUAGAGUUGUUAAGUCGGUUCCCUCCAAGGCAACACCUGUGGCAGACGCAACAUCUUCUCCCCCACCCGACAUUAUUGAUACCGGUGGAGUAAGUGUAAUGCAAACAAACUUCAAUGGCAAAUUAUUAAGUAUUAAUAAUAAUCAUCAACAGUUACGGUGUUCCUCGCUUUCGUCGUCCGCAAAUUCCAUAUCCACGCCUAGUUCUGUAAAUAAUUCUCCUACAUCCACACCGAGCGGAUCGCGUGCUACUUCGAUGUCUCACUUAUUAAAUGAACAAGGGAGUGUAGCACAAAUUCUUCCAGGAAUUUUAGAUGUCACAAGUAAUGCAAGUUCCACAGAUACACUAAAAAAACAAGAAAUUCCCUUAAAAAGUGCCGAUAUUAUUGGAAAAAGCAUUAAUUCCAUUACGACAAGUGUAAGUUCCGAUGAAGUCGAUCGAAUACCAUGUCAGAUGCCAGAUUUACUACCUAUAACUGUAAAUAAGAAUAGUUCUAAGAUAUCAACGGCGCAUACGAUAGAGCAAGAGAUGCUGUCAAACGCAAGUGUGGCAUUAGCGGCGGCACAUUCAGAGGACAUGCGUGAAUUCGAGGCCUCCUUAAACAAGCAAUGUCUUUGCGGUGUAUCCGAACGAACACUACGUAAGCCUUUUCAAUCACAUUACUCGAUCGACACAAAUGGGCAAAAGCGCAUUGCGAAUCUUUCGGAAUGGCCGACGGAAAAGCUUUUGCAAUUCCUAUCGAAUUUACAGCUUUUGUUCGAUAUAUACCUUAAACAGAAUUCUAAAGGUUUUAUUUGUGCAAGAAUAAUGGACGUAUGUGAUGUUCUCAUUCGUAAUGAUCAUAAUCUAAUUGAUGAAAUCAUUGUUUUAUCCAGUUACAACAAUGAAUAUGUACAGUUUUUAGCUGCUAGAGUAUUGGCUUCGUUCCUGGUGAUUGCAAAGCAGGAGCUGGAUGAUAACUGGCUUAAAAAAUUGGUGGACACCCUUUUUAGCUUUGAACGCUUGGAUAGUUCGGCAGUUCAAAAAAUUCAUUUCAGUUUAGAAAUUAUCAAACGGAUAGUUGAGUGGAAAGAUAUGGAUUUGCAUCCACUUGAAGACGAAAUUGUAGACACCCAGUUGGGUAGUGAUGUUUCUACAGAUCAAAGUAGAAACACGUCUUUCGGCAAUGCAAGUGCGAGUGAAGAAAGAGAUGCUCUAGACAGCGAAAGAUUUUUUCACUUCCAACCGCAGCAACCAACUUUGGAAACGAACUAUUUUGCAUUACAAUUUCGAGGUGCGCUUAACGAUACAGUAGAGCACGAGGAAGACAUCGACGGUGAUGAAGAAGUGAUCGAAAAUGAUGACGAUGACUUGGAUGAUGAUGUGUUAGAGGAGAGUAUGGUACAAGCGCAUGCGCGGAGAAACCAUCACCAUUUAUCACAAAUGUCUAUGCAACAUCACCACCAUCAACAGCGUCAUCACCAUCUUCAACAUUUCCCCUCUUAUGAUAUUAUUGAAAGGACAAUGCAAAACAACACAAGUUUUCUACCCACAAUAUCAUAUGAUCCAUCUAAUGCUGUGCCGCAUUACGUAAAUGCUCCUACGCAUCUAUUCGAACAGCAUGUAAUGCAUCAAAAUCACAUUGAUGACCAUCACAACCACGCGCCGUCUUUAAAUACUCACCCGUCACAUUUUUCGAGUAUUCACAAUUCAGCAGAGCUAAAUGUGGAUAUUGGUGACGUCGAGGAGCCGCAAUCAAAUUCUGUGCCCAAUUCUUUUGUAUCGUCAAGUUGUCAAAUAAUCACACUUACGGACUCUGAGAGUUUCGAUACGUCACAUCUGAAAGGUGUCACAAUUAAAAUACUCGAAAAUAAAUGGCCUGCAUUGGUGAAGAAUAUGAAAGCUCUUAUUGUAAACCAUAUGCAUAUAGAUCAUGCGGAGCAUUGUAUACUUAAUUUCCUGCAGCUGUGGGAAAAUAUAAUUUCAGUUAAGGCGAAUCUCUCUGUGGUCGAAACACGUCCAUUUUAUGCCCAGCUCGAUAAGUUUGAACUACUUUUACAACAACAACAUCUUUCGUGUACGGUGUAUAAACAGCUACUAUGUUUAUUCAACGAAGCAUUGUGUUACGGCUCUACGCUUGCACUGCAGGACAUGCUGCCAGUGGAGACAUGUCACUUGGCGCAAAGAAUUGUGCGCCAUGUAAAAGAGGCACGUAUUUUAGACUCUUUACCGCGCCGACAACCCGAGAACACGGUCAGUUUUUUGGGCUUCAAGCGCGCUGCUAUUACGUAUAUAGAAGAUAUGCCAUGGUUGCCGAAGCCGGAACGAUGUACAACACAAAUGUAUGCGUCAGCGCCACAAUCUUCGUCUGCUCCGAUGAAUGGGCACUUCUCUAAUAACGACAACAUUCCAAAUUCUUCGGGCAUUUUUUCGGGUGGUUCAAUCGAGUUUGACGCAAAUGCCAUAGAAAUGGAUAAAACAAUAUUACAAAAAAUGGUGCUGCUUGUUCUGAAAUCUGUUGCCGUAACUGUUAAAGAGAUACGAAGCGAUUCUUCAGAUUCGUCGAUUGAUUCUCAAGAUUGUGAUGCCUAUCAAGAUAUGGUGCUGAUUGAGCGCUCCAUACGGGAUGUUUUACGGAAAUUGGAAUCGUUUAUAAAGCACAAACUAGAAUUCCAUCCCGAGUGCCACUUUAGCAAAAUACUCAUACAUCUGUUUGACGACCAGGAUGACCAUUUAAUUGAAGCAAUGGUGUGCACCUUGGAUGUCACAGCAGGCAUAUCCUUUCGCAAUAAUGCAUUCCCGGAACUGGUGUCAAUGUUGAAUCCGGUAUAUACCUUCUUAGAGUUUCUCAAAAUGAUUUCCAACAGCUCAGACCUUUUGCUGGAUUUACUGGUCAGCAAUGAAACUUGCUUUCUACUUUAUCUCCUACGACUAUUAAAGUAUAUAAGAGCAAAUUGGGACAUGUUUCUACGUAGUUGUCACGAUUUUGGAAUGGGAUCGCCUGUCCUCGACGAAGCAAUGAGUGUGCUGAUACGAUUGCGUUUGCAUAUCUCUCGAUUAGUAGCUCGUCAGUUGUAUCCCUACGAUAUUUCACCGGUGCUUCGGCUGCUGGAAAGCUGUGAGAGCCUUUAUGAGGGCAACGAACGUAGCUUAACAUAACAUGUUCCUUGGGAUCGUUUUUGAAUUAACAAUAGCUUAAAAUACUUUAUCGAAGAAGUUAUUUAUUUAUUUUGUAUUUUACUUGUUGCGAUGAUGAACAUUGUUCUAGUACGAAUGAUGAAAUCAUAUUUCAUUAUUUAUAUAUCUUUAUAUAUAUAUAUAUAUAUAUUCAUUAGACAUACGAACUUUAUUGUUAAAAUGAAAGACUUGAAUAACUUUAGCAAAUAGCAAUUCUCAUUAAGCGAUUUAAAAUAUUUGGUUUUAAAUCAAUCGUUAAAACAACCUAAACCCUUAAUAUAGCACUUCUAAUUAAUGUAAUUUAAUUUGUCGUUUAGUGUAUUUUAUUAAAUGAGUUUAAGUAGACCUAACAUUAUACAAUAACUGCAAAUAUUUUGGUUUUCAUAUGAAAAUCUUGAUGAUUUGUAAUUUGUCUUGCCUUAGCUUAAGUUGUACUUAUUGCGAUUCUAAACUUAAGACAAUAAUAUAGUUCGUAAAAUUAAAUAAUUAUUAAUUGUUAACAUAUCAGCACAGUGCAUAUGCACUUUUUAUAUUUUACUUUUAUUAAAUUAAUAAUAGUAUUUUCAAUUAAAAACUUAGAUGGAUGUAAAUAUGAACUUCCGAGAAUGCAUACUUAAGAAUAAGUAUACAAUAUGAAGUAUGAAAGAGAAAUGCCACACUAAUUUUGAUAUAUGUAUACCCUAGUACAUAACUUAAAUCGAAACAUUAUUUUUAUAACACCAAAAAAAUCAUGUACAUACUUACAAGACAUAUUUGUAAUAAUUUUUACAUAAUAAAAGAA